AUGGCAAGUCGGAUAAGAAUUAUCGAUGGAGGCUUGGAGGUCUCCGCGGCCACCGAGUCUCUGCAAACCGCCCAAGCGCUACCCGGAGCAGGAGGCGGUGACUUGGACGCGAGGCAGCAGGAAGUUGGUGACAACAGCGACCGCUGUUCAGGAUCGCCAGGGAUACCGUCGGCGGCAGGGCCGUCGACGCCCACUCUCGGUAGAGAGUUUUCGCCGUUACCGCAGCAACGUCCUCUCCGGGCGGAGACGCCGCCGUAUGAUCCCGUUCUGAGCCUGUCAACGGAGUGGUAUGAGCUUCACGGUGUUGGGCUGACAGACAUUGCUCCCGACGGCCUUGAACGGCUGAACGAGGCCGUGCGGAUCUACACCGCUCGACAAUUGGUUGGCGCAUGUGUACGGCUUGACAGCUCUAAAUCCAUUCUCCAUGUCAUCCUGGACACGGUCGACUUGCGGGUCACUCCAAGUGCGGCCACCGGCGGUGCGGCCGGGUUUUCCUUGGCCACCAGGCGACGCCCGGCGGUCGCCGCUUCGGAGCGUCGGAAGGCGGCCGAAUGGUGGGAUUGCGGCAGCGCUGGGGCGGCUGGCUGGGACAACUGGCUAGGCACCGGGGUCGGGCGGCGGGUGAACGUCGAGUUUGGGCCGGACGCGGAGCUGGGCAUGGUGCGGUUGCGUGCGGCGCUGCUUCGGCGAUCCUGGCUGAGUCUGCGAGGCUGGGGCCAGUGGUUGCGGAGCGCCACUCUCAGAAUGGCCGCCUCCCUCGCGACCCUAGAUCAAACUCUCGGGACGUUUUCUAGCGCCCCCACCAGCAGCAGAAUCCGGAGCGGAAGCAACAGCCGCCGCGGCGGCAGCAGUACUUGUAGGCGGCGGUUGAUGAGAGGUAUGAGCAGUGAGGUUGUGUUAGGUGGGGAGGCAGCUUCGAUCGUGGAUGUGGACGGAUCGGCAGCGCAUGCACUGCAUGGAAAGGUUCUCGCCGGCCGCAUCACGUCCGUGGCACCCAGGGUGGUGCUGCUGGGUCCACACGGAGGCGGCCAUCAGUGCCAGUUGCCGUCAGCCACAGCCAGUGACUCGCAGUGGCUGCCUGGAAGCACAGCCGCGGCAGCAGCAGCUCACAUUCAAGUCACGGCCACUGUGUGCCACGCCAGGCCCAGCCAUCCCUUGGGCAUUCCUGAAGGCGGCAAGGUUCACUUGUCCAGUGCUUCCACGCUUGCCCGUCGCGUCGACCCCCCGUGCGGUCCAGGGGAGUCCUCCUCUCCGGCCGCGUCAUGCGGUAACUGCAGUGGGCCCACCCUGGAGAUCUUGCUGCGUCACGGCCGGAGCUUUGCAGGCACCUGUACGCUGUCGACGGAGGUCGAAGGCAGCUCCGGCGCCGUGCAGGGAGGUCCCUCGGCACGUUCGCUAAAGGCAUCUCACUCGGCGCAGCUGCAGGACGUCAAGGUGCUGCGACAGGAGAUCCGGCUGGCAGAGGACUGUGUCAUGUCGGAGUCCGCAGCGGGUGGCCUGAGGGCGCUGCAGCUCGCGCCUGGAGCUGGCAUGUUGGGCCCGGGGCUCUUGCUGCUGGAAUCGUUGGCGAGGCCAGCAGGCCAAAUCGCGUCGGCGGCACAGCGGCCAGGGCCGGUGGUGCUGCUAGACGACCCGUGGGUCGUCGAGGAGCUGCAUGCGGCUUUUGCAGGCAAACAGGCGGCGAUGACGUGCAGCGCAGCCAAUAGUGAUGACCUGUUCGUGGACCUGGGGGUUUUCCUGCAGCACGUAGCUGACUUACGCCGCGCCGCGCGGCCGGUGCUGGCUUUUGUGGAGGCGGGGCGGCUGCGGCACGGCCCGAUGCCGCCGUGCUGCUGCCGUUGCCGGCAACGCGCACAGGAAUCCCCUCAGCCUGCUUACGUUCCAGCCGAGAGUGUGAGCGCUGAUGGGAAAUUGCUUGCAUCUUCCGACGCCGCGAUGAGGACUCCGGCUUCGGCUGCCGCAGAAGCGGCAUCUGGGCCUCCGGUGCCCGAGUGUGUGGCCUGCGGGUUCAUACGACUGCGCGGCGCACUGCACCAAUACCUCUCGACACCUAUGGCCUUGCAUUUGGGGGAGCGCCUGCUUCGCCACGCGACCGCUUCGGGUUGGACGCGCACGUCAUCAUACAUCUCGCGAUGCUUGGUGGAUUUGCAGCGCGUUGACGUGCUCGUGAGUGCGGUGCAGAGCCAGCCUGGUUCCCGGCUGUCUUUCCUGCACCAAGGCAGGCCAUGGAUCAGCGGACGCCGGGGGUUGUCGAAGCUGUCCGAUUCACGCCAUGCCGUUGCCGGCUUGCUGGCGUUGUCCCAUGAAUAUGUGAAGUCCAACCUGCUGCAGGGUCUGCGGGCCCUGUUGCUCCGGACGACAGGUAUCGUCCGUCUUUUUGUCUGCAGCGCCAUGAUUCUGCUGGUCGCCACGACGCUUCAGGUUCAUUAUGGGCCUCUGAUGAGUGCCGUAAUAAGGUUGUACGGAGUCGUACCACCAAGGGGGUUCGGGCACCUCCAGCUUUUGUUGCUCAACGCGCUUGUGAUCACAGGGAUUGCACUUGCGUUUCUUUUGCGCUGUCCUGCAUUCAUCGCUGGCGUCAUCGCUGGCGCCGGCAAGAUGUCCGGUAAUCUAUAUCGUGUGGCAAGUCUUGCAGGCAUGAAUGUGGUUAGCUGCUUGUGCCGAUUACCACAUAUACGCUAGGCAAUUGAAGUAGUUUUACGUUAGUAAAGGACAUUUUUUGCUUCGAGAAGUUGUUAUAAAAAAGACUAGGCACGGCUUCCGUGCUGUAUUGUCACUUAAUUCUAAGAUUUUGAUGACUGCCGCGUAUAGACCUGGUUUUAAUGAAGCCUCGGGGUGUUUUAUUUUAUAUUAUGUGUUGAUUUCAUGGCAUUUUUGUUGAUAUCUUGAAAAGCGCAAGAGAUUGCUUCGCCACGGAGCAGUUGGACACGACGAACGGGUCGUUGCGAGCGCAUUGUUUGACAUGAGGACUUAUAUCCACUGCGCAAGGGGGCGGUGAUGCCUGACGUGGCCUCGAGAACGGUCCGGGGAGGCGUGGUGCAGUCCGGGUUCCAAGGUUUCCGCCUGACAUAAGCCUUUCGGUCCUUGCCGAGCAACAGGGACGCAGUUCGUAUGUGUGCAACCUUGAUAUUGGGUGUGGUAUGGGUGUCGUCGGAAAGGUAAAUGUGGCCUGCUG